AUGACACCAAUGGUUAAGUAUUUGUUUAUAUUUUCAACGUUCCUAUUACAAUCUUCGGGCACGUUCGGAUGUGAAGAAUUGACUCAUCCGCAAAAUAGCGUGAAAAUGGAAAUUUUCCGCAAUGGACUCCAUCGGCAUCUUGUUGUGAAAACUAAUAUCCUAUCAAAAGCACGAUUUUCGCAAUGUCGACUGCUCUAUCGUUUCGAAAUUCCUCGAACGAUGUAUUUGGAUGACUAUGCAUUGAAUCGAUCGUUGCUAGCGCAUGAAUAUAUUUCAUUUAGGAAUUUUGACGUUGAAAAAAUGGCAAUAGAAUCCAAAACAAAGAAUGUAUACUUCAUUAGGAAAAAACCGUUUUUGUCAACAUUUGAAAUGAAAGAUACGCUUGAGCUCCCGAUUCAUAUGCGUUAUCCACCAUCGGGUGAUUAA